CGAACGACUGAUUAGGUCACGUGGUACUUUUGGAGUCUUCGUGGCGUAGCUUGUUCAGCUGCUCGUCGAAGCGGCUGUCGGACGGUUGCCUGUCAUCGAGUCUACGUACGAUGUAGCGGCCAUUUUUGUUCUUAGUUCAUAAUAGAGUGCGCAUAUUUGAUGUAGUUAGAAGGAAAUUAGCUAAUUUCAAGAUGACUAUCAUAGUUUUCUUAAUAGAUACGUCUGCUUCCAUGAACCAAAGAGCUUAUUUGGGUGGACGCCCAACAUUGCUCGAUGUAGCCAAGGGCGCUGUGGAAACGUUCGUAAAGGUGCGUCAGCGUUCUCCUGAAAGCAGAGGCGACAGGUAUAUGCUUCUAACUUUCGAAGAACCACCCGCGAACAUCAAGGCUGGCUGGAAAGAGAAUUUAGCUACUUUUAUUAACGAGUUGAAAAACUUACAAUGCCUGGGCCUGACCACUAUGGGAGCGGCCUUGAAGCAUGCUUUCGAUGUGUUGAACAUCAACAGAAUGCAGACAGGAAUAGAUACUUACGGGCAGGGGAGAUGCCCAUUCUAUCUGGAGCCUUCCGUCAUAGUGGUCAUCACAGACGGAGGAAAAUUGUCUAGCAAUGCUGGUAUUCAGGAAGAAUUCAAUCUACCAAUGAACUGCCCGAUUCCCGGCUCCGAGUUGACUCGAGAACCGUUCCGCUGGGACCAGAGGCUUUUCUCUCUCGUUCUACGCCUGGCCGGAACGCCCGCGGUAGAAAGAGACACAGGACUGGUGCCGUCAGACUCAUCGCCCAUAGAUGCUAUGUGUGAGGUCACAGGCGGCCGCUCCUACUGCAUCACCUCGCACCGUAUGCUGAUGCAGUGCAUCGACAGCCUGGUCCAGAAGGUGCAGAGCGGGGUCGUCAUCAACUUCGAGAAGAUCGGCCCCGACCCGCCGCCGAUAGAUGGCGGCACGGGCCGAGAGGGCGAGGCGGGCGAGGAAAUACCCCACGAGCCCGAUAAAGAGAUGGAGACUGAUGCGGAGAGGAAUGGGCGUUGGAACGGCGCCGGCGGCCAAUACCAGGCCGGGUUGACGACCAAUCAGCAGGGCCCGAGCGCGCCGCAGGCGUGGCACUCAUGCCGUCGCCUCAUCUACGUGCCUCGCACCGUGUCGCAGAAGGGAUUCGCUGUGGGCUUCUGGCCCAUACCUGAGAGCUUCAGGCCCGACCCCAACGCUCCUACACUGCCGCCUCGCUCGGCGCACCCGGCGGUCAAGUUCACUUGCCUGAGCCAGGAGCCGAUGGUGAUCGACAACUUGCCCUUCGACAAGUACGAGCUGGAGCCGAGUCCGCUAACCCAGUUCAUACUGGCCAGGAAGCAGCCGACCAUCUGCUGGCAGGUGUUUGUAGCCAACAGCAGUUGCAAGAACACUGAAGUGAGCCAUCCGUUUGGCUACCUGAAAGCGUCUACCAACCUCACAUGUGUGAACUUGUUUGUUCUACCGUACAAUUAUCCGGUGCUUCUACCGUUGUUGGACGAGCUGUUCAAACAGCACCGGUGCAAGCCCACCCCGGAGUGGAAACUCAACUUCCAGAUGUACUUGGAUAGGAUGCCUUCGUAUUAUGUUGCGCCUUUACGCAGAGCCCUAGCGAAGAUGGGCGCCUCAGCUCCGCUAGUCCAGAGUUUGAUUCCCGACACACAGGACAACUCUCUUAGCUUCUCCGUUCUGAACUACUUGAAGAAAUUGAAAAACUUGGCUAAGAUAGAGUUUGAUAAGCUGUGCGCCGAUGUAAUUAAUAAGGCUUCUAGUAAUAAUACUCAAAAGGUAGCAGAAAGCGUGCGCGUAGUGCCUAGAUCACCGCUGAAGAAGGACUUGAUAACGCAUCCCUCGUUACAAGACAAGUUCUCAGCGCUCCGGGACCAACUCAACGAGUUUGGAGGCUUCGUGGUGGGUCUGUCGAGAGGACGCCACAAGACCCAGGCUCACACGUAUAGGAACCCUUUUGAUAUACAGAGACGGGAUCUGUUGGAUCAGGUGGUCCGAAUGCGAGCUAACUUCCUGCAGCCCUCUCUCGCUCACACGCGCCUGGUAGACGAGGACAGCCUACACUCGAUGCCGGUGGCGCAGAUGGGCAACUAUCAGGAGUACCUCAAGCGUAUGACGCCGCAACUGAGGGAGAUCGAGACGCAGCCCGUCAGGCAACACAUGUUUGGGAACCCGUUCAAGAUUGAUAAGCGCAUGAUGGUAGACGAAGCUGACUUCGACCCGCUAGGCUCCGUCCGCUCCGGGCCGGCCGCGGGCGGGAAGCGCGGCGCGGAACUGUCCCGGACGGCCGUCCCGCCCAAGCGCAAGGCGGGCCCGCUGCCCCAACAUGUCAGGGCACGCCGGCCGUCGUCUCCGGUCACCAUGGUGACGCCUGUGCCGCCGCGCCGCGCGACUAAUCUGAGGGUCGAUACAAAUGUGACGGCUAGUCGGCCGCCUGAGGAGCCUCCGAUCCUGGAUACGGGGGGGCUGGUGAUCAGCACGCCGACGCCGCCGUCCAGCCCGCCCGCCGUCGCGCCCGACAACCUGCCGCCCGUCGUCAAACCAUUCCUCAAUGGAGACGCCUACACGACGAUGGGCAGCAAGAUGCCGCGCUCCCCUUCACCGCCGCCUGAACCUACACCCCACAGCUCCCAGGCGCCGCCCCACAUACCCCACACCCCCCACACCCCCGCACCGCCACCCCUCGUGCCUCCGCCCACGCCGCACGUCGCCCAACCUCUACCACACACGUCGCAGACGUUACCACCGCCGCCGACGCCGCCGCCGCCGCCCGACACGCAGGAGUUGGCCAUCAAUGCGAUCAUACAGGGCAUUGCGGCCGAGAAUAACUCUAAUGGACGCACGAGGAAGAGGAAACGGAAGAACGACACCAAAUCCUCAACAUCGUUACACAUAAUACCUCCGCCGCCGCCGCCCCCGCCUGAAGUGUCUCGAAAAGAAAUGAUAGAAAUUAAGAAACACAACCUCGACGUCAGAACAGAAGUUUAUAAGGCUAUAAGGAGGCCUGGUAGAGAUUUUUCAAAGCUGUUCGAACAUUUAAAACAAUUGAGGGGCAGUGCGGACGUUAAAAAGGAAGUGUUACGUGAAGUGAUAAACGAAUCCCUAAGAUUCAAGCGUAAAGCGCUCGCGAAACACUUGGAAGACUUUCUGAGUGGCUUAGACAAGAACGGUAACAGUGCCUCUAGUUUGAAACGUGAAAUUAAAAGUUUAACAAAUUCUUUGUAUAGUAAUACGAACAACCACAGCUAGUGGUGAGCUCUGCGAGUCCAAGUUGAUCGAUUAGUGUUGCGGCCAUGACAGUAGGUUUUUAUUCGUUGGUGUUUUGGGCAAAUGUUAAUAAUACCAAGGCGGUCCUUUACGAAGUAAUGCCAAGUCUAUCAGUGAAGUAAUUUUUCCAACGGCAUAUCGAGGUAAUGUCGUAUCCCGAAGGGGGUUUUUAUAUUAAAAUUAGAUUUGCGGUCACUGGAAGUUUCUUGUUACCAUUAGUUUAGCUCUUUUUCCGCUUUCUUAUAUGAGAUACGUGCGAUUAUAAUACCUUUAUUGGUAAGGUGAAAUUAGUCUACAGUUUACUGUGUGAUAGUUCUUUACAAACGUUGACUGAACUAUAUGCAUCUUUAAUCAUAUCAGUAAUUGAAAUUAAAGAAUAAAGGCGUAAAAAGGGCUAAGUUUUUAUUUUAGAUAUAAUAUAUUAUCUUCAUUGACAUUGUAGUAAUGAUAUUUUAACCAUAGACUGCUCAGAAACACUUCAGAUUCCUUGCAAGGCCAGUAACCAAAGAUGCUUAUAUUUUAAGGCUCACACUAUUUGAAUUUACCCUCACUUGAUACGGUUAAUCACAUUUGCCCCAAAAACAAUUGAAUGUUUUGUUAUAUAACCGACACCUUUGGCAUAAUUACCGUGUUCCGCCCGACAGUAAUUAAUUUGAUCUAACUUGGACUUACAGACGAGCACAAAAAAGAGCUUAUAUUAUAUCACCAGAUCUGAAUCUUCGACGUAAGAAAAAAGUGGAGAAAAUGCCACCAAACAAAAUAUUGAAGCCCUAACUUGCUAUACCGUGAAUUCGCACCUUCAUUUUGUUAGUUUAUUUUCACUAUUUUGUUAGUGGUACUUUUCGACAUUUUUGUACGUCGAUUUCGAGUACAUACUUCCGAACCUAAGUAUUAUUGUAAGAUAUGAUUCAAUGUUCACCCUUCACGCUCACUGCCUCACAUUAUGUUCAAAUAUUUAUGAGAUAAUGUUGUAUCAUUUCAUACGAUGCGUACAAAGGACAUUGUGACGGAAUUCUGAUUGCAUAAACCUAAAUGUAGUAAGUACAUUCAUUGCACAACAAAACUAAUCAAAAUUAAAUUGUUUGUCUUGCUCUGACAGUAUAAUGUCAGAGCAAGAGGUCAUAGAUUUAAUUUUGAUUAUCUUUGUUGUGCAAGCUACCCUAAGAAGGUUUCAAUGAUUUUAUUUUACCAUUUGUUCUUUCAGAAAUGAAUUUGUUAUAAUGCUUAGUUGUGCCUCAAUAUUGGUAUGUUUGAUCAAUAGAUAGCUAUUAUGAAUGUUAUUGACUGAUUAAGGAUGUUUGAAUGCAUUUACGUUAUUACUGAAGAGAUCUACGGGUCUGCUCUUUGAGCUGGGUCCCUUGUUGUUUCUAGUAUUCUCUAUGCUCAGGCGAGCAAAUAUUUUGGCUUUAAAUUGGAUUACAACUGUAAUUAACACUAUUUGAUUGUGGCACAAACCAGUAUACAGAAGUAAAGCUCCUAAUUAUGUGUACACAAUAGCACGUUUAACACGAGUUAGCGUACAGACCGCGACUUCAAACUAAGCAUUUUUUACUCUAUAACUAAAUAUCCAUGACUGAUGCUGAUGAUUGCGGAAUAUAUUGUAGAUUAUAUUAGGUAUGUCUCGAAACUAAGCUUUACUUCUAUACUCUCGUUUUGCAGUUUAUGCCAGUGUUGUCACAUUUUCUUAAGCAUGAUUGGACUGACUCGCUUAUUAAAGUUAAAACUUUUAAGCAAUAUUAUGUGGUUCAAACAAAUUUUUCAAUGUAUUAUUGCAAAGAGAUUAAGUAAAAACUUUAUGGUAAUUACAGAAUCUUUUCAUACAGCCCCAGAUUCUAAAAUACAUAAAUGUUGAUCCGAAAUAACGCAUUUAUUUCAGAAUCUCAUUUUCAAUAUUCAUUGAAAAUUAUGACACACCACGUUAUCAAAUAAAUUUUGUGAUAAACUAAACCAUUGCACUGCUCUGUCAUUUUGUGUUUCUUUACAAUAAAUGUGAAAAGAAAGCAAUAUGAAAUUAUUAUAAGUCGUUCGAGGAAAAGACUUGAUUGAGAAGAUGUCUUAAUUUAUGAAAUAAGCGAGUACUUAAAAAGGUUAAGUAAGAUACCGAGGUUAUUUAAUAUUAGAAGGUGAUGCUAAAUUGCAGUUUUACACAAAAUGACAGAAACUUACCCUGUCGUGUCUUUAAAUAAAAUAUUUUGUAAAUAUUAAUGUAAAUUGUUAGGGGAGUAUUUUACCAAUGAGAAUGUACUUUGUGUAUGGUGCAUUUACGCAUCAGUCAAUUGUAAAGUGUAUAUAUUUUUUUCAUAAAUAAAUUAUGAUCCUUUUUGGAUUUUA